CUGUUGUGUCCCUCUGGCGCGGGUCCUCCGAGCGGCGGCAGCGGCGCUGUUGGGCUGUCAGGUGUGAGCCCAGCUGUGGCCGCCCUUCAGCGAACGGUAGGGCGCAGGGAGCCGUGAACCGAGCUGAGCGGUCGUUGAGGGGGAGCGGUGGGAGAAAACACCGGCCCCUCUGGACAGAGGCUGAUGGACGCCACAGAGCGAGGCCAGUGCAGCCGCUGGAAGGACAUGGACUGUCAGCGCACUCUUCUUGAAACUGCGUGUUUUAGUGACCCAGAUGCCAAUAUUGACCUUGGCACACAGCCUGAAGUAGAAAAGGAAGAACUUCAUGUGGAAUUGGCCAAGCUGGAAGAUGAAAUCUCUGCAUUGCGACAAACUCUGAUUGCCAAGGAGAAACAUCUAAUUGAAAUAAAACAGAAGAUGGGUAUUACCCCACUGAAUGAAAUAAAAUAUAACUUAAGCAAAAGUUGGCAUGAUAUGCAGACUUCUAUAAUAUACAAAAAAACACAGGAGACUCUCAAUAACACUGGACAGAAGGCAUCAGCAGCUUUAAAUAAUGUAAGCUCAACGCUUAGUAAGAAACUAGGAGAGAUGAACUUGCAUUACUUAAGGCUACUACUCCCAAGCAGUUACCCUGUCCUGCAUUCAAUUAGCAUGCCAGCUGUGAGGAAUUCUCCUACUUUCAAAUCCCUUGAAGAGCGGAUGGAAACUACUGUCAGCAGUCUAAAGUGUAAAGUUGGUGUACCUACCCACAGCAGUGGAAGUUUUGAAGAUGUGUUGAAUUCUGCUGCUAAUGCCAGUGUUCAAGAAUCAAGCUUGGGAUAUCAGCAAACUAAAGACUUUGGAGCUUUUUGAAUCUUUCCAUAAUACUGCUAAGUUUCAAUGUGUAAAUUUUGGUGUUGUAAGAUAUUCUUUAAAAUUCACUAAUCAGUCUAUCCUGAGUAAAUUUAGGAAGAACCUGGAAAUACUCAACACAAAAGUAGAAACUGUUCCUGAUGUCAUUUUGGUGAAUAAGUUGUUAUUUAUGAAGUCCUUAUUCUAUAAGUUAUUUACAUUAAACAGAAUCUGAAGUUCACAGUAGCUCCUUUGACCAAAGCUUGUCAUGAGGACUUUGUGUUGUACAAAAGAGACGUCUAGUUACCCAGUUUCUAAUUUCUUUUAUUUUACUUGACUUCAUGAACAUAGAUUAUUCCAAAAAAUAUAAGCAAGAAUUGCAAUAAUAGGGCAUUCAAUUAAAUUUGUUGUGCAAUAUUUCUAAUUCUGUAAAUGGGUGCUUGAUGGUCAGAAGAGCCUGUCUCUGUGCUGUGUAACAUUAAUGUUAAAAAUUUUACAUGUAGAAUUAUGUAUGCAUUAGAUUAAUUGCUCAACAUUUGGUAACACUACUUUGUGGACUAAAUUUCAUUUGGCAAGCUAAAUGAUCAAGAUAAUAUUGGUGCCUUAAAUAAAAAAGAUCUAAAGGAGUCA